UAGGGGUUUAUUUUUAGACCACAAGCAGCCGCUGAGCAUCAGAAAAUUUUUCAUCUCGUCGAUUGCCUCUCUCUCUCAAAAGACAAAAAGAGGAAACAAGAUGAGCAGAUCUGGUCAGCCUCCAGAUCUCAAAAAGUAUAUGGACAAGCAGCUUCAAAUCAAGUUGAAUGCCAACCGCCAAGUUGUGGGGACUCUCCGUGGGUUCGAUCAGUUCAUGAAUUUGGUUAUCGACAACACUGUUGAGGUCAAUGGAAACGAUAAGAAUGAGAUUGGCAUGGUGGUAAUUCGGGGUAAUAGCGUGGUGACGAUUGAAGCACUGGAACCGGUUGCCAGACCACAGUAAUACGAGUGAAGCUGAUUAUUAGAGGGUUCUUCAACUAUGUUCAAGAUAUUUACUGCUCUUAUGGAACCUAAGUGAAUUAUGUAUUGUACCUGAAUUAACUAGUUUAUCUUUGAUUUCUCUGAUGAUUUAUCUGACAAUGAAAAAUCAUCAAUAUCUCUGUUCAUCUAGAGAAACAUGUUCAGAAUUUCAUCUGGUGAGUUUUGUAUACAAUGACAAUGUCGGGACAUGAGUGCUUGAUCAUGAGAUUACCUGUUGAACGUCUUAUGGCACCUUGCUCUGA